AUGCGUUUCGAAGAUGGUUUUCAAUGCAAGAAGGCACUGAUUUCAUGGAGCAUUGUAAAGGGUUAUCCUAUUCAUUUUAGGAGAGUGAACAAGGAGCAAUGUGAGGCUUUUUGUGAGGAUCCUUGUCCCUGGAGAAUGUUUGCAAGUAUGCUGAAGAAAGAGAGUUCUUUGGUGGUCAAAGUUCUACAGGAGGAGCACACUUGUUCAUUUGCAGUGGGUAAUAAACAGGCUAGUUAUAAGUGGAUUGGGGAGCAAUACACAGAGGUUUUCAGAGUUAGACCUCAGAUGUGUAUUGAAGAGUUUAGGAACGAUGUUAAAAGGAGAUUUAACAUAGCUAUUCCUAAUGGGAGGUUGUAUAGAGCUAAGGCACAUUCAUCUGUGCAGGGUCACUAUAACAAGUUGAGAAGUUAUAUUCUUGAGUUGAUGAGGGUGGAUAGGGGAGGGGGGCAACUGUUAUGUGCCAUAGGAAAGGAUGGCAAUAACCAGAUGUACCCAAUAGCUUGGGCCGUAGUAGAGGUGGAAAAUGAGGCUUGUUGGAAGUGGUUUUUAGGUAUAUUGCUCGAAGAGCUUGGAAUCCAUGAUGGGAAUGGUUUUACACUGAUUUCUAAUCAGCAAAAGGGGCUAACAAAUGCUGUCAAGGAGUUGGCUCCAUUGGCAGAGCACAGAAACUGUGCUCGCCAUGUCUACAUGAACUGGAAAAAGCAGUUCAAAGGUGUUGCCUUGAAGAACCUAUUCUGGCAAGCAGUGAGGGCCACAUACAUGGAGGAAUGGGAUGCAGUCAUGGAGACUCUAAAAACUGAAAAUAUGAUGGCAUAUGAUGAUCUGCUGAACAGAGAUCCUACCAGGUUUUGUAAGGCUUUCUUUUCAACUUGCUGUGUGAGUGACAUGAUGGAUAAUAAUGUGUCAGAAACGUUUAAUGGGUAUAUUCUGAGUGCUAGGGUGAAACAUAUCAUCCAUAUGUUAGAGGACAUUCGAAGUGGGCUGAGGGAAAGACAAUAUAAGAAGUUUCAACAUGUUAUGACUAUCACUGAUAUAAUUACACCAGUUAUUAGGAAGAAACUUGAGAAGCUUAAAUCACUAGCAAGGUAUUGUACUUCUCACCUUGGGCUAGGAGGAAAGUUUGAAGUGUCAAACAAAGAUGACAUGUUUAUUGUCUCUCUUCCUGAGAAGACUUGCAGUUGUAGAGGUUGGGAGAUAACUGGUAUACCUUGUGUGCAUGUUGUUUCUGCUAUUCACUUUAUGAAGGAGGAUCCAGCCGUGUAUGUGCAUCACUAUUUGAGCACAGAGACUUAUUUGAGGGCAUACUCCUUCCCACUUGAGCCAAUCAAUGGUGAGAGGUUGUGGCCAAAGGCUGAGGGAUAUCCAGUUCAACCCCCACAGGUGAGGAUCAUGCCCGGCAGACCAAAGAAGAAUAGAAGAAGAGACACAGAUGAGAAGGGCCCUAAACAGCCUUCAAGGCUGAGAAAGACUGGUUGUAAGAUGACAUGCCAACGGUGUUUACAACAGGGUCAUAAUUCCAGAGGAUGUAUGAAUGAUGAAGUACAGAAACCUGAUGGUGAGAAAAGGAAGCCUGGACGCCCUCGAAAGUACCCAAUCCCUGAACCAACAGAAGCAACAAUCCCAACAAACCCUACUGAUACCACAGAGGCUACAUCAAGAGGAAGGGGCAGAUGCAGGCCCAAGGGAAGUGGCAGUGGCAGGGGUAAGGGUAGGGCUAGGGAUAUUACAAUGGAGAGGCAAGAGGCAAGCAAAGGAAUAGGACUUUACUGUGGAGAGCAAACAGGCAAUUCAUAUAUUGCAUCUGGGAGUGGACUGCAGCAAAUCCUAAGGGGAGAAGAGAUCUGCCUGACGGGCCCCACACAAGAAUCUCAAUCCAAUCCUUGA